UAUUUUUGGCGAAAUUCUUAUACUUUCCGUAUUCGACGUCGUAUGUGAAAGAGGCAACGAAAAAAAUAUAUGCGCGACUGGCUCGUUAAUCUUGUAAGAAAAUUGAUGUUAUCCAUUUAUUUUGCAUGAUCGGCAUGCCCCUACACUUCUCAGCAUUUGACUAGAAAAGUUUACCUCGAAGCUAGUAUGAUGUAUCUCUUGUCAGUCUGCUGUAUACCUUCGACUAGCGUCGAAGUCCAAAAAGUCAUGCAGUCCGAAGCUGAUCUCACUGAAGCAUUAAACCUAGUAAUUUGGAACAAACGAUUCAUGUCUUUUUUGGGCUUAUGGCCGCUCAAGCCGAAUCAGUUUCUAUUCAUAUUUUUUACCAUAUACAUGAUAAUUUAUUGUAUCAUGGGAGCAGGUCAUUUGAUCAAGAAUUUUGAUCAGCCGGAAGUCGUCAUCGCAAAUUUAACAGAUAACAUACUGUUUGCAAUGAUAUUGGGAAAACUGCUCAUAUGCAAACACAACUGCGAGAUAAUGGUGGAGUUUCUGAAAAACAUCGAAACCGAUUUCACGACAAGGAUGUACGACAAUGUCCAGGAGAAAAUGGCGUAUCUAUAUUAUAACAAAAUCGCACAGCUUUUCGUGAAGAUAUCGACAAGUAUGGCAGGGACAGCAGCCACGAUGUAUUACUUAAGGACAUUUUUCGAAAAUUGGAGCGCGAUUUGAUCGACGAUUACGCAUAUUCUAAUCAGGCUAUGGUUGGAUAAAUAUAAUAAAGACGAUGGAA